AUGCCGCCAAUCACCAACACAAACCUAAGUCUAAGACACUUACCAGACCUCUCAGAUACAUCUGUCUCUUUCCAGAUCCCCGACGAGUCCUCAUCCGCGGAGUUUCUGCUUGCAGAUAACAGCAGUGAUCUUGAUUUUCUGCGCGGAGCUGGUGGCGCCAGUUUCGCCACCAUUGCUCCUACUCCAGCCCGCGGACCAUUAAAGCUCAGCGAUGUUACACCGAAAGCCGCGUCGCAACUGGUGUCGCUAUCACGAUCCCCUAGUCCGGGUCCGUCAGCACACAAGAAGAAUGAUUACCGACCCUCGCAGUUCAGACGUCAGAGCCCUGUCAAGAUUACGCGCGUUCCAUAUAAACUUAAGGAGAUUAUACUUGACGAGCCCGCCGUCUCCGAGGAGCGCUUGGAGUCCUUGCGCGCAGAAGUGGGGACCCUUGACGAUGAUUAUGGUAUCCCGGUGCACGCGCAAUCACCAGCGAUUGUGCAAUGCUCUGACAUCCCCAUGAUGAAUGAUACGGCAACAAGAAAAACAAAGCUAAAGCCGAGGACAAGAGUAAAUUCUGCGGCGGAAGGCGGCCAUAACAAGAAGCUCGCAACACGAAGCAAGAUUCCUGUGUCUGCAGAUGACAAACUUGGUACCAACUUCCACUACCGAACCAACUAUUCAGUUGUCUUCUACGUGGCCGUCUGA